UUGUUGGCAGCUGGUCUGCAGCCGUUUCUCUCGAGCACUUUAGGUGAGGAGCUGAGUUAGCCUGUUCGUUUCAACAGUCAUUCUUCUGGUUCCACGAAAGAAGCACCUUCCAUCAUGAGACGGUUCUUAUUGCUGGCGAUGGCGCUAUGUUACGCCUCUGCACGCAACAUCACUUCAACCCCCAACACCAGAUACAUUCAGGGAAAUAACACCGAUGAAAAAGAGGCUCUUAAUUUCUUAUUGGCAUACGAUCGCGAAGCAAGUGCCAUGUGUAACAAUGUUAUGAACACCCAAUGGGAUUUCAAUACCAACAUCACCGAGUCUAGCAAACAGCGAAUGUUGGAAACGCAACUGGAAUACGCCAAAUUUCAAAAGGACGUCUGGGCAACCGCUACGACUUUCAAAUGGAAGACGUUCCGCGAUCCGAGUAUCCGUCGCCAAUUCAAGGUGCUUUCUGUUCUCGGUAGAGCAGCUCUUCCAGAAGAAAAACUCAAAGAGAUUCAACAGCUUCUGGCAGAUAUGCGAGACAUUUAUAGUCGCAAUCGAGUUUGUCCUUACGUUAAGCAGCCUAAGAACGCGUCACUACCGAUCCGAAUGGAGUCAGUUAAGUGCAACCUUGCACUCGAUCCUGAUUUGACCCGCAUCAUGGCCAAAUCCAAAGAUGACAAUGAAUUAACCUACAUGUGGCAACAAUGGCACGAGGAAACUGGACGGCCCCUUCGAUCCAAAUUCAUGCGCUACGUUGAGUUAUCUAACGAGGCUGCUCGUUUAAACGGUUUCAAGGAUACUGGAGAUCAAUGGAGGGCCUCAUACGAUAUCGAAGAUUUCAAUUCAGAGCUCGACGAACUCUGGAUGGGGUUGAGGCCACUAUACCAGCAGCUACACGCCUACGUCCGCCGAAGGUUGCAUCAUCAACAUGGGAAGAUUGUACCUCUAGAUGGACCGAUCCCUGCUCAUUUGUUGGGCAACAUGUGGGCUCAGUCAUGGAGUAAUUUAUACGAUACAACGGUCCCUUUCCCCAACAAAAAUAGCAUGGACGUUACCCUGAGUCUCAAGCGCCAAGGCUAUGAUCCGGUGCGGAUGUUCCAACUCGCUGAUCAGUUCUUCGUCUCGCUGGGUAUGAAGUCUGUCCCUGAUUCGUUCUGGACUGCAUCGAUGCUAGAAAAACCGCUAGAUCGCGAAGUGGUAUGUCAUGCCUCGGCUUGGGAUUUUUGCAACGGACGCGACUUCCGCAUCAAGCAGUGCACAGAAGUCACCAUGGAGGAUUUGACUACUGCCCACCACGAACUAGGACAUAUUCAGUACUACAUGCAAUAUGUGAAUCAACCGUUAGCCUUCAGGGAAGGUGCUAACCCAGGUUUUCACGAAGCAAUUGGAGAUGUCGUCGCGUUGUCCGUCUCGACACCCAAGCACAUGCAAAAGAUUGGAUUAUUGGAUAAAGCAGCCGACGAUCCCGAAGUCGAUAUCAAUUAUCUUUAUUCUAUGGCUCUGGAUAAGAUUGCUUUCCUACCUUUUGGAUUUUUGCUUGAUCAGUGGCGCUGGAAGGUGUUUAGCGGUGAAAUUCCAUUCGAUCAAAUGAAUAAGGCGUGGUGGGAUCUCCGGCUUCGCUAUCAAGGCGUGGCACCUCCUGUGAAUCGUAGUGAACAUGAUUUUGAUGCGGGUGCCAAGUAUCAUGUUCCAGCCAACACACCUUAUAUCAGAUAUUUCGUCAGUUUUGUGCUCCAAUUCCAACUGCACAAGGUGUUAUGCGAAGCUUCCGGUCACGUGGGACCGUUGCAUAAAUGUGAUAUUUAUCAGUCACGAGAAGCCGGAAAACUAUUGGCAGAGCUGUUGAAGUUGGGCUCAUCUAAACCGUGGCCUGAUGCCAUCCGCAUUCUCACUCGCGGUCGAACGAGCCGGAUGGAUCCAGGAGCCAUCAUGGAAUACUUUCAACCGUUAAUGGAAUGGCUCCAGAAACAGAAUACUGAAGAAAAAGCCGGGUGGAGAGGAAUGAAUAGCGGAAUCACAAUCAAAACCACUUGGGUCGCCGUUGUGCUCUCGUUCGUCAUAACUUUGGUAUUUUCAAGAUUGUGGUAGUGGUUUGGUUUCCUUUUGUGGGCCUUUUCAACGGUUGUGGACUUUAAAUUUUCUCGCUAACCCAGAAUUCUUCAUCCACAUUCAAGCUAUUUUUGUUUUAAUAUUAUGCGGUUCUUUUCACGAACUGUCCCUGUACAGAAACCAUUUAAAUUAUCAUUUCUGGAAAAAUUAAUUUUAUUCAAAAUUCCUCACGUUGAAGUACCCCUGAUUAUUGUCUUGUACCAUUGUCCAAAGUGCGAGUUUUAUUUAAUACAUCACAUAAUUGGCUCGUC